AAACGAGAAUUUUCCUCCUCCCUUCCCUUCGCCUUCUCGGCGAACCAACGCGGAGCGGAGGAGGAGCUGCUCGCCGGCUUAGGGUUCACCCAGGCCCGAUCGACCCGCCUCCGCCUCCGCCGCCGCCGCCAUGCCGCAGUCCGUGCUGGUCGACCGCGCGACGAGCGAGUCCCUCAUCGGGCCCGACUGGUCCCUCAACCUCGAGAUCUGCGACAUCCUCAACCACGACCCCUCCCAAGCCAAAGAUGUAGUGAAGUCUAUCAAGAAACGCAUUGGGCACAAGAACUCAAAGAUCCAGCUUCUCGCACUAACAUUGCUGGAGACAUUGAUUAAAAAUUGUGGAGACUUUGUUCAUAUGCAUGUUGCUGAGAGGGAUAUACUCCAUGAAAUGGUGAAGAUAGUUAAGAAAAAGCCUGAUUAUCAUGUAAAAGAGAAGAUACUAAUUCUGAUAGACACUUGGCAAGAAGCUUUUGGUGGUGCUCGUGCAAGAUAUCCACAAUAUUAUGCAGCAUAUCAAGAGCUACUGCGUGCUGGAGCUGUAUUUCCUCAAAAACCAGAGAGCUCUGUGCCAAUCUAUACACCUCCACAGACUCAGCCUCUACGGAAUCUUCCUCCAGCUCUACGUAAUACUGAUCGUCAACAUGAAGCACCUGAAUCGUCUUCAGCACCAGAAGUGCCUACAUUGAGUUUGACAGAAAUUCAGAAUGCACGUGGUGUCAUGGAUGUCCUUUCAGAGAUGUUGAAUGCUAUUGAUCCUGGUAACAGAGAGGGUCUGAGACAGGAGGUUAUUGUGGACCUUGUGGAUCAAUGCCGUUCUUACAAGCAGAGAGUGGUGCAGCUUGUCAACUCAACCACGGAUGAGGAGCUGCUAAGCCAGGGUCUUUCAUUGAAUGAUGAUUUACAGCGUGUUCUUGCAAAACAUGAUGCAAUUGCUGCAGGCAUAGCAGUUCGUGUAGAAAAGCCAAAAUCAGUCCAGGCCCGAGGGGACAAUUCUCCAGUGACCAAACCGGAAGGGGUAAAACAGGCAGAUCAGAGGCCUACUGAAUCUGCCAGUACAGCGACUCCAUUUGAGCAAUUAGCGCUCCCAGCACCUGCAUCAUCCAGCAGUACUAAACCUCCUGGAGAACCAGUAACCCCUAAUAUUGACCUGCUUAGUGGAGAUGACUACUUCAAGCCAGAGCCUGUCGAUUCCCAAGCCCUUGUUUCUGUAGGCAACCCACCUGUACCUCCAGGUUCAGCCAACAAUACCUUGGACCUGGUAGACAUGUUUGCACAAAGCAAUGUUGGCAACAACCAGAACCCUGCACUCACUCCUAUGCUAAACUCAAAUCCUAGUCUCUCGGCACCACAACUGUAUCCUUCACAGCAGACUCUUCCUUCACAGCAGGUUGUUCAACCACAACAGACUUCUCCAUAUUCGAAUGGGUUAACUUCCAAUACAAUGGCACCAUAUGAUCAGCGUCCUGAUCUAAACUCCACAAAUUCAUGGAAUGGUCAGUUUGCACAUGGAAUGCUUCCUCAAGAGCAGCCACCAAAUUAUGGUCAAGGUCAAGAUCAGAGCGGUGACCUCCCACCACCACCCUGGGAAACUCAACCUGCAGAAAGUGAUCAAUUCCAGCCUGGCCAACCUGGUGGGCUGGCAAUGCCACCAGGACAAAUUGGAGCCAUUCAGCCCCAACCUGUCCAAGUUCAGCCUGGGCAAGUUGCACCAUCACAACCAAUGCUGACUGGGCAACCCGCAGGAAUGCAGUUUCAACAAGGAUUCGGGGAUCAGCUUGGGCCUCACCAAACACAACCCAUGCACACACAGUAUGGCGGAAUGUAUCCUCCAAUGCAAAGCAACCAAUCAGCUGGCAUGUAUCCCCAACAGAUGGCAGGAGAUUUCUACCAGCAACAGAUGUAUGGUGGUCAGAUGGCUGGUUAUGGAUAUGGUCAGCAGCCUGCAGGCUACUAUGCUCCAAAUGCUGCAUAUGGCUAUGCCGGUGCAAACGAGCUCUCCCAGAGAAUGAACGGUCUCGCGGUGCAAGACAACAAUAUGUAUGGAGUUUCUGCAUCCUCAUCCUUUCAGCAACCAAUGAGGCCAUCCAGACCCGAGGAUUCGCUCUUUGGUGAUCUUGUUAACAUUGCCAAAACAAAGCCUAGCAAAACUGCAGCUAAUAAGGCUGGCGGCUUGUAAAGAUGAGCUGAUGUUUAUUAACAUUUCUGGCCACGGGGAUAAGAUUUCCUCGUAGUAGUACAUAAGUUCUUUGAAUUUUUUCUCUAUUGGAAAGUAGUAGAUGAGCGUUAUAGAUUCUGAAAUUCAUAGCGAGUGUGGUUCGGUAUAAUUUUUGUCUUGUCUACUUGCAAGCAAUUAUAGUUUGUUUGUUUGCUUCUUGCAAGCUCUCGAUUUCCUGCGUCAUCAGUCCUCUGUAGUCUGUAAACCUUGAUAAGAAAAACACCAUUGAACAUUCUUU